CGCAAUCGCGAUCUUUGCACAUCGCUGGUUAAUUUUAUGCGUAUGCAUCUGGUGCUUUUUGAUCACCCAUUCUUAUUGUUGCUGGUUUGUCUACUCAACGGACACCAUCAUUUUGAAGUUGCUCGGAAAAGACUACGAUUACUAAGGACGUUAAGAGAAAAAUCCAGGAUGUCAACUCAGCGACGAUACGGCUACUAUAGAUGUCCAACAUGCAACCGAGGAUGGGAGAGUGCACAAACCUGGUGCUACAAGAGCACGGAUGAGCCUUCGUCUGGCCAGCAGUGCCAGAAUGCAGACUGUCCAAGGGAUUACAUCAAACCGUACAAGGUGGAGAAGCUGAGAUGCCCGAAAUGUCAGUCCAACACCGGCUGCAUUUGCCACCUUGUUGACGAUGAUAGUGAUGAAUAUGGUUAUGGUUAUGAUUACGACGAGCGUCACAACGACCCAGCCAAGGCCCACCGAAGCGACUUGUGUGAGCGGUGCAGCAAAGGUCAGGCCUGCAAGUUUCGUUGAGACAGCGGCAUCGGCACCCAGAGAUUUCAAACUAUGUGGCUCAAAUAGUGUGACAACUUGCAAUUCAGUUGUAGACAAAAGAUAUAUAUCAAAAUAUUCAAGCACUUUAAUUUUGAACAAUGCACGACAAAAAUAAAUAAAGACGAUGGUUGGUUUUGUUACCUACUCUUCAAGUAUACACUUUCUGCCUAGAAUAGCCAAAUUAAGAUGAAUACGCAAAUGCGAUUUUUUUUUUAGAAAUUGAGUGAUUGUAUUUUUAUAUAUUUUUGUGCAUUGGAGCUAUGGAAAUACCUAUGAAGAAAAAUUAUAUAAUGCUGAUGUAUCCUAUUGCGUAUAGUUUUAAUUCACUGAACUGAAUUUAAUCUGGUAGUAGUGUGGUUACGAUUGUUCAUGAUGUAAAAUGUUUACCAUGAAGUUUUAUUAUACAUGUAUAAAUCAGCGUGCAAGUCUUUAUAGCAUUUAGUUGUUUAUGUAUUCUGCGUUUCUUGUAAAAAAAAGUAGUCUGUGGCAUCAUAACUAAAAAUAGCAUAUGAAGGAAAACCCCAAAGCGUGUAACUAUAUGAUUUAUGCAACAAUUCUCGCAUCAGUGACAUAGGGUUUUAGAAUUCCCCAUCAGGAAAAAAGUAGUCUGUGGCAUCAUAACUAAAAAUAGCAUAUGAAGGAAAACCCCAAAGCGUGUAACUAUAUGAUUUAUGCAACAAUUCUCGCAUCAGCGGCAUAGGGUUUUAGAAUUCCCCAUCAGGG